AUGUCAGUGACCAUUACACGAGCUGAACAGAAAUUCAUCUAUUUUCUUGAUGGAAUCCGCGGCACCAAAAAGCAAUGUCAUGUUGAUAAUCAAUGCCAAGAAGAAGUCAACAAGUUAUACAAAACAAUUGAUAAAUCCCAAGAGCUCAAGCUCACAGUAGAUUCUAAAGAAGUUGUUUAUGCCGGAAACUUCCAAAACAGCGAACCAAAUGUCAGUGAAGCUGUUCAAAACACUGUAAAGAAUUCGCCAUUUUACGAUUUUGCUAUCAAGCCAGAGUACAAGCUCAUUGGUGUUGUAAUAAAGGCCUUUAAGACAGGCAGAAUAUUUUUCGCCUGCGUUAUUCGUCGUGAUCAUAAUGAUGAGUCAAAACCACAACCACAACAAAAUGCAAAUCCUAAUCAGAAGAAAGGUAAGAACCAUAACAAGUUUUCUGCAUAUAAGGCUUCAAAUGAGAGUCAAAAGCCUUCAAUUGAAAGAUACGAAGAUGGUCGCCCAAAGGAAAGGUCCAUUGAGAAUCUUUGCGUCUAUCUUAUCAACGAUUUCUUAGAGAAAAACGGAAAGGAAUCUCUCAGGUACCAUCAGAGAGCCUACAACAUCAUGUCUAAGUAUCAUCAGGAGGCUUAUGCCAAUAUGAAGCCAUUAAGCCGCUCAAACCUUCUUGA